AUGGGGGGGGAUCUAAUCAGCGCGGCGGCUAUCCUGCAGAUUGCCCGCAUGGCUGCAGAUGCAGUGGCGAACUUGGGCAAGUCGACAGUGCUCAGCGCAGCCUUAGCCCAGGAAGGCGUGGACGUGGACGUCCUGGGUCGGUUGCUGGGCGCCCUCUCCAUCCGCCCCAGGAAGCAGUAUGCCGCCGCGCUGUCCCACGCUGCGCCACUACAUGGACGGUUCUCGUCACGCUUCCUCUCCCAGGUACUUCCCGAAUCCGUGCCGACUGUGCAACAAAAACUGGCCGAGAGCCAACCCGGCAAGGCCCUCCUCCUCCUCGUUAGCGGGUUGGCGUGCGCAGCUCCGUCUCGCCAAAUCCUCGGCCUCCUCCGCGAGCUCCUAGCCGUAAGCUACGGCCUCCCGCGCGUCGCCGAGCUCUCCGAAUCAUACCUCCGCACCUGCUCGCACGCUGGUACGAUGGCUGUCAUCUCGGAGCAGGUGCAGGGUCAUCUGGAAUGGUACACGUUGGCCUUCGACACUGUGGGUGAAGGGGCGCGGCGAGCAAGUGCUCGCGAGCUCGCGGCGGUUCUGCUAGCGUUCGGGCGCGCUCAGACCCAAGAAGGGGCGUACGUCCGCAUCCGGAAUCUAUGCGGUUUAGAACCCCUCCUCGCGGCCCUCAGCACUCUCUUUGGUGCAACGGUACGCGUAGGCCAACUCAUGCCCCGAGCCGCGUCUCUCAGCAUGGUGGACAUUGCGCCGACCGAGAUCGUGUGCGAGUUCGGCACUGGAUCGGCGUCGGUCGCCCUCGUGCGCUUGGGAGGACCGGUGCUCGAAUACCUCGGGACUGGGGGUGUGACCACGCCCAAGUCGUUCAGUUGUGGACAGAUGCGGGCGUGCGCACGGGCCCGACUCGCCCGUGCGGGAAAGAGUUGGGCGGCGCGCGCAGCUGCUGGCGCUUUCAUUGCGCGGACGAUUGCGGCCGACCUCGCCAUGCGGGCCGAGCUUGCCAUGUCCGACGAGGCUAUCACGAAGCCGGACGUCAUCGCCCGCGACUGGAUUACAGAGUUCGGGCACGCAGUCAACGUCCAAUCCCUCGACCCGCCCGAUUACGAAAGCACUGAUCACACCGCGGUUGCGCUCCAUGGAGCGCCUCCAGACCUAGUGUUCCUCCUCAAGGCAGCUGCGGGGAGCAAGAACGCGGUGCAGCUAUAUCUCGCGUGUCUGGGGGACCUCGGCGUCGAGGUCCAGGCGCUGUGCGACGACCCGGAGAUACAGUCUGCUCUGAACCAGCUGUGGUUGGUGUCGUAUCUCACUGUAAUAUACGGGUGCCCGGUACCGGGACUCGAAGUGCGCGGGUCCGCGGUGGAGCGGUGGAAGUUCCCUUCCACGGUGGGGCGCAUGCUCGGCUCGCUCGUGGUGUUGCCGGCUUAUGACGGGAUCAUGGGCCGCGAGCUGGCGCACAGCAGGGCCGUAGCGGCGGUGCAGGCUGGCGCGUACGUCCUUCUCCCGCGUCUUCUGGCAGAGGAGAGCGUGGGAACAUUGGAAUCAAGUUUGCUCAUAAUGUUACCUGGCGCGUUCCGGGUGGACAAGGUAGCUGUGGACAGCUUCCUCCCCGACGAAUGCGAGACGGUGGCCCUCUCCGAUUUGCGGGACACCGAGCCGCCCGCGGACGCAAGCGCCUCCAACAUCAUCGAAUACCACUACGCCGAGGCCGAGACGGGAUACGCCCUCCGUGUCCUCGCGGCGGGGUACCAACUUGACCUCGCUGCCGCUCUCAAGGGCAUCAUGGGGAUACGGCGCCUGCACGCGUUCACAGAGCAGGUCGAACAUACCACUUGGCUCAAGGCUGCGCCGCACCAUACCGUCGCGGAACCACAACACAUGUCUUGGUUCCAGAAGACAGUGUACCUUUCCCACGAGAAUGAAGCUGGGCGCCUCCUCGCUUUUGCGAGGGUUGGGGAGCGGCGUGAACGCCUCAAGGCGGUAUUCUUCGAGGGCGCUGACUACCGCCAAGCACUGGCGUACGCCGACCGUCACCAGUGCAAGAUCGUCAUAUUGUGA